AUGCGGCGCCGCCGCCACUAUCGUCAGUUCGGCCUGCCCAAUGCGAAUCAGAUCCUCCUCUGUAUGGUCGUAUGCACACUUCUGUUCUUGUCACUCCUCCGCCAUAAUUGGCUGCUGUUUGGAGAAGAUCCGGACGUCCACGCGUCACUUAAACGUGUCUACAUUGUUGGCGAAAACUCGACGGACUCCAAGUCAUGGGACGCUUUUUGUGCGGACGAUUCAUUCACAUUGACAAUUCCCGGUACGCAGAAUCAGACCACGACGGUCGUUAAUCUGCAGGAUGGAGCUGUGUUGUGUCAGAAACACACAAAUGGCGAAUUGGUGCCGCAGUUGAUGGUGUGGAUACUGGCAGUGGGACUUAGCUGCGCUCUCCUAAGUACGCUGCUAGCAGGCUAUCUGCAGCUGGGCAACCCAACGCGAGAGAUGGUCUUUUGGAUCGGAAUGAUGCCAGGAAUUUUGCUAUUUGGCGCCGCGGUACUCGGUACAGCAUCGUUGUUUUUGUGGCAGAGAUACUACUUCCGGUUCAACAAUGGUGACUGCUUUAGUCUCACUGUGGCUGCAACGGUGAUUGCCUACGCGACAGCAAUCUCGAUGGUCAUUCGAUGGCGUUGGCCCGGUAUCUGCGCUGUGCCGAACGAGCAACAAGCUCUCGGUUCACGUCAAAAUGGAGACAAGUUGCCACCUCGUCGUGGUCGAAGACGGGGGUCAGCAGCGACUGCUAUGACGGUGGCCGGUGAUGUGGCUGAUCCAUUGAACCACUAA